AUGGCACCUAUCGUUCGCCGACAAUCCCAUCACCCUACUCCUGCCGUUCCUCGACCUUCGAAAGGUGCAACCUCGGCGCCCAUACCAGGUACCAAAUACAUUAGCCUGAAGAUUCUGCUAGAAUUAUUUGCAGGAACUGUGUGUAUAUUUUUUCUCGGGGUAUUAUUUUGGAAGCUGGGGAGAUUUUUCCGGCGUUUUACCCAGGAUAGAGUCAUCAGGGAGGGCAACACCACCACCGCUCGUUAUGUGAAGAAUUGGUACGGAUGGGUACCGUUGCAGCAGCAUGAAACAAACAAGGAAUUGUGGAGGAAAUGUUUUCACUGGAUCUGUGAUUGGGCGUCAUGGAGUUCGAAGGCCGACUAUAGCUGGGUCUGGUGGGAUCCAGGUGAGGAGAAGAAAAGUCGCUGCAAAAGUCGACGACUUUCGCGAUUUCUACCAAAAUGUUUCGAAGACUAUGAAGGCACCCCGGCCGAUGUAAUUUGGGGCCCCUCUGGACACGAACCUGCUUCUAAUCAAAACACGAGCGCACAGUGCUCGGUAAAAAUAACAGGAGCUCUUCCAUCAAUUGAGACCACCAGGGUAACUAGCAGAAGAUCAUAUGCCCGGUAUCGAAGGAUACAACGUGAGAAUACUCCAACAAUUCACGAGGAGUCUGCUUUCCUAGGUGCAGAGAACGUGGUAUCGGAAGACAUCCCGAGAGGAAUCCUCACUGCCAGCACCGCAAACAAACGCAGGGGGUUGACUGAUAUCACUCCUACACCAGUUAGUGAUAGACGUUUUUUGUCAUUCGACCAGGGACCCCAUAUACAGAACAAGUACCCAAUCUCCAACCUAGCGGAUUACGAACAAUCACUAAGAUAUUGCCAAUCCCUCCCAUGUCUCGCAAAUCCAGGAUUGAUUCUUACAAGGUUGAGACAGAGCUCCAAUGCUUCAUGCGAGAAUGAAAAUAUAAGUAAUCACGAGGUUAUGCCAAACACAAUCGAAUUUCUCAUGAGAUCUCGCAAGUAUCAAAUUUGGUCUACUCGAAUGGAGAUGAACAUGUGCAAAAAUAUAGGGUACAAUAUAAAGGUACCUCCAGGAAGCCCCCGAUCAGAGUUGUUGGGCAGUUUCUCUUCCCAACAGGCAUUCCUUCUCGAGCUCACGCCUGCCUUAAGGAGAGCAAUUACCAUGAGCCGCUCUUCCGGUUCAAGCGAGCUGCCUCUACCCAGUAUUCGGAAACCACGCCGCCGCAGGGUAAUGCACUCUCAGAAUGACGGCUUAGAUGAAGGAAGUUGGAGCUCUGGUACAAUUCUGUCUAGUCCGUCAUCCUCGUGCCAUUCCACGUUGGGAAUGGUCCCUUUGAAGCAGUUCAAGAAAAGUGUUCAACACUAUCGGCCUCCGAACCUGUCCAUGCCACUGAAAAAGUCUACACAGAGCCAACUAAACGCAGAAAAGAAACCGCAGACAAAAAAAACGCCGAAAGCCCCCGAAGCCACCAGGACGUUUUGUGUACCACAGAUCAAAGUGCCCAUCAAAUACUUGAGUGAUUGGGAAAUACGACUAAUAGAUGGCUUAGAUCGACGCCUUGGUUGGCUUUCCUGCCAACUCAGCCCGGGGCGGAAGGCAUUCCAUUUCGCCUUGCUUGCCAAUCACUGGCUGAACAAGAAGACUUGGAUAGUCGACGAUCCUGUGUCACGGGUUCCAAUUGACGUUAGAAGGCAACUGGGGGACCCGAGGUUCAAUGUACCAUACCCAAUGCCCGAGUGGAAGCCAAAGCCGAAAUACCCAGAAGUGUCUAGCAAGCCUGCUCAUACACCUCGCAUAGAUUCUUGGAGGAAAGCUAUGAAUCGGCAACGCAAAGCCUCGGGGCUCAAAGAUAUCAUCAAGUCUGUUGAACUAUACGAUGGGUCAAUCGAGGAUCCGCCUGAUGGAAGAGUCGACCCUGCUAGUUGGAUUCUUCGCAAGCCCCCACAGGGAAUCCACAUGUCAACAAAACAGGAGACUACCUACUACGAAGGAGGAGCCGGGUGGCAAGAACAACUGGGUGAUUGGCAGAGAAUCCGCCGCGGCUAUCGAAUCCGCAAAGGAAUCCACGAGGGCAGAGUGAACAGAAACAGGGCAAAGCAGUUCGCUCUUGACGUUGCAGAAUAUCCCAGGAAGGCAAAGUUGCAAAUCGUCCCGGGAUUGCUACCUGGCAGGCAGGGAUGGGUUUGA